AUGCCUUUGCUCGCGGGGCCCUCGAGCUCGUCGCAAGAGGCGCUCCUCCGUCUCGAAAAAUGCAAUAGCGCAUCCGCAACCUCCGACAUUCACGAAGCUGCUCAGAUUCUCGGCUUGGAUCUUCGCACCUGUGAUAGUCAUCCUGAAAUACAUCGUCAUACGAAGACCCGCUUUACAGCGACCCCGAAAGAAGAAUGGGUGCUUCGUUGGCUGUUGAAGAGGCUGAGAGCCGGAAAGCAUUAUCGCGUGGAACCGGCUUCUUUCCUGUUGUUGCGCCAACUCAUCGGACUGAUUUCGCCAAAGACUCUGGCAAUCAUAUUGAAAGAUCAGAAAUUCUUCACUAUCAUCAGCGAUACGAUCCGGGAUCUCAGAAGUGAUGUGCAAACAACCUUUGAAACCGUCCCUGCAGGCGCCGACUUCAAGCUUGGCUCCGAUGCACUCAGCACACCUGCCCAACGACAGGAAUCUCGAGCAACCCAAGGCGUCAAGCGGAAGAGAGUACGUGGAGAAGAUGACGAGGAUGCCAUGAACCUUGACGAUCAACCACAGACCCCAGGUGCAUGCUUCGUUGCCUUCGUUCGCGCUCUGGAUUGUAUCUACGGAAUUGUAGCAUUGAUUCAACAAACUAUUGGUGAGGACGAAGUGGCUCAUUCCCACUUGAAAUUAGCAGUCAGAGGGUCACCAGAAGGUGCUGCAGAACUACUGGGCACAUCGCUUCAACUGGCAGCCGUUGCGGUCACGCAAUUCUCAAAUGCAGGUGCAACAACUGACCUUCAACACCUCCUGCUCGUUUUCCCUGCCAUGCUUGAGCUCUGGGAGUCGCGCUCAUACCGUCUUGAUGACUCCGAUAAUAACUCAAGUAACGAAUGUUUCGCAAAGUCUUGCUUCGCUCAUGCCCUGAGGCUCGAGCUUUGUCUCAGAAACCUUAAACUUGACACGGACGAGCGAGCUCAUCUGCUUCGUUCUGUCGAGCGUCUCGUGGCUCUUCACGUUUUGGUCCCUGCUCGGAAUUCUUUCUUUGUCCGUGGUGGCUCUGGCAUUGACUACUCGAAGGAGGAGCCGGAUUGGAGCUCCGUGAAACCGGUCACCGAUACCUUCAGACCUAUUAUUCGCGAGACAUCCAUCGGCCGAGGAACAUCGCCUUCCGACAGUAGCACUACUGGUACCUCUUGGCGAUCGAUCGAACUACUUCCGGAGCUGUUCGACAAUGCUGUCCGCGCUGUCCCGAGGGACGACUUCCGGCGCCAGACUCUGGAGGCUCCUUGGUUAGAAACCUUGUUUGUGGCAGUGGCCGAACUCGCUUAUUCCACUGCAAAGGAGGCUGAACCCGAUUCAUACUCCACUCGGUUCAUUGUCGUCCUGGAGGAUCUUCUUCGGAUUGCGCUUCACCGAAAGGUCGGCCUGUCAUUGCAGACGAUUCUCACGCAUGCCGGCUACACUGGUCUCCUGGAGCAAGGGCUAGAGCAAGUUCAAUGGAAUGUCACAGGUUUGAUGAUCAGUCUGGGCGUAGAUAUCUUCUUGCCCAAUUCAGGGCUGCGGGAUGCCAGCAAGCUGCUUGAUGCCCUGCUUGACAAGAUCAUGCUUUACUGGCGUACUCACGGUGCAUGUGGUUCUACCGAGUACGAUAUCAUCAAGUCUGACGUCGUUAUUCCCCUUUUGCGUGGCUUUGCGGAUGCGAGAGACUUGUCCACCUUCAUGGAGACGUGGCAUAAUCAACUAGUCAUCCUCGAAGAAGCUCGCGUUCGCAACGAACAAUUUUCAGCGUUCUCUGUAUGGGAGGAUGACGACUUGUGCGACGCCUUCUCGGAGCUUACACGGACCUCAUUGAGUGUCGGUCACUUCUAUGCCCAACUUCAGACUGCUGCAACAGAAACGCGUGCAGAUGACGGUCAGAUUUCAAUCUCCGCGAGAUCUUAUGCAAAGUUUGUGAUCUUGGAAGCCACUCUCAGGAGCAAGGUAGCCGCAACAGAGGUGGACAAUCAUUUGUCACAAGUACUUGAGACUUUGAAGUCCACGCUCAUAUCAAAGCAAACGUUCCACUGGCGCUGGCGUCUAUGGCGUUUCGUUCGAAAUCUCUUGCAAACCAAUUUUCGACUCGCUGACAACCUAGCGGGCGAAGUGUCAAAUACGUUUGUCCCCGUGGCUGUAAAAUCACUUCAUAGAAACCUCAAGAACCUUGCCAAAGCCCCUUUGGCGCACCUUGAAGCCUGGGAAAACUACCGGCUUGUCCUGGUCAUGCUGAAGGACGCACCCACUGGCGAGCACUUGGAUGCCUUUACAAAUGCGAACAAAGACGUCAUCAAAUUUAUCACGUCGGUGUCUGCAGAGGAUGCUCAAGCCCAAACAGAAGCACCCUGGUCCGGCCGCAUUGAGACACUGCGUUCGUCCACGGCCCUCGCUCUCGCGUUCCUUCUGGCGCUUAUCAGAGAGCCGAAUGUUUGGGAGCUGAUCUCAGCUGAGCAGCGCACAUCUAUCUUCCAGCAACUUAUGUCACUUGCUGCUGCCGAGUAUCCUUCAUCUUCCCACACAUUGGAGCACAUCGAGCAGCGCGCACGUUUCCUUCAAGCCUGGGCCAGUGUUGUCUGCCAUGAAUAUUUGCUCGCUGUGCCCUUGCUUGUUCCCGACCUUGUCAUGUUGCUUAGCAAGCAUAUGGAGGAAGAUGGUGCAAACCGUCGAUUUUACGUGGAAAGCAUGCAACGCAUCCCAUCUUCAUUGAUCACCCGUGGCCUUCGGACGAUGCUCCUUGACAAAUCACAUAAUGUGAUUAUUCGUCAGGGCGAUGCUUUGGAAGUCACUUUGGGCCUCCUGACCAUGAUGGCCAAAUUGGCAGCCAUGCCGAAGUCUGAUGCUAUUAUCACCGGUGACUGGGAGCCACUUUGGGCGGAAGCCCGUGUGAUCUCUUUGAAUGGUACUGAACUUGACUUGCAAGUCAUGAAGGCCUUCCGCAGCCUCUAUCGUGCAGUCAUUGCCAAGUUGCUGGUCCUGUCGAAUGACGAGCGAAACGAGGCAUUCAAGAAACUCUACACUCGGGUCUCAAAGCAGGCAAAUAAGCUACGCCAGAUCGAAAGGAACUCACUAGCUUGUUUUCUGCUUCGCCUGUCCUUGUCCGAGCUGUGGGCUCAUCGCAAACAGUUGAGCAAGGCCGUCAAAGAGGACGAGUUUGCAACUUGUCGACAGCGUGUGUUUGACCUCGUCUUGGCAGAUGUGCGGGCGGUCAAGGACCACUGCAGACAGCAUAAACUGGAAGAGACAGUGACCCUGAUCAAGACUAUCGAUGCAUUGGAAGACUUUGAGGAUCUCUCGAUGAACAACAUCGAGGUCGAGAAGUUUCUCAGCAAGCUGGAGCGGUACAUGGAAAGUUCGAUUGACUCAGCUCCGUCGCGCAUGAUUCGUCGCCGCUUGAUGGCCACCAAGGGAAAUGACCAGGAAAGCUCCACAAAGGCGGUGCUGCAGUGUGCGGAAACCCUCACUCUCCGAUCACUGUACGCUGAGGAUCAACAACUUUUCAUUCGAGCGACCACGGAGCGUUUCCAAAAUCUGACCCAGGAACAGAUUGGCGGAGUUAUUCGAGAGAUCCGUGAGCUUGGAUUAACUGGGGAGCAAGCUGCAAACCGCCUGCUUGUCGUCUAUCUUGCUGUCAUUUCUCUGACGCCCGUGGAGGAUAAAGAGAACGCCGUCUCUCGCGAGCUGUCUCUACUCAGUCAGUCUCUCACAGACAGUCUAGUGCACAGCAAGACGAUCGAUCAAUUUUGCUUGGCGGCCGAGACCUUAGGUCUUCUUCUGCGUACUCACACUCGCAGUGUGGCCCAGUGCAACGUGGAUGAUUUGCUCGCCGCUAUCGCCACCGCUGCUUCAAAGCAAGGUCCCCAUAUCUCCCCCGAAUAUGCUCCCACCAUCUACACACGCCUCUGCCGCUUGAUGGGUCUGGUUCUGAACCUCCAGCGCGUGAAGAUCGGUGGCCGAUUCCACCUCGUGGUCACAGCCAUGCAGCGAUUGCUCGGCUGCCUCUUUGCCCGCACCCGCAAGCGAUCCCGCUCUGGUCGGGCUGCAGUUAUUUCCCAACCAUUCUGGCUCGCACCCCUGGACACCUCCCACGCCACCCAUUUCACUCGCCUUCUGACAUCGCUCAGCGAUCCUACAGUCUCCGCAGUGCUGCGGUCUCAGUCCGGUUUGUCUCGCGACGCAUUGACCGACGAGACGAAGAAAGCGAAACGCAUCGCUGGUCAGUACUUGCAGUAUGUCAUCACGGCGUACAUGCAAUGCUCCCUUCGCGGCUCGCUCGUCCCUGAGGUCAAGAAUGCCCUGAUGCCGGGUCUGUACGCGGCGCUGGAUGUCAUGUCUCGGGAGUCUAUGCGAGCGAUGAACGCUGGCUUGGACGCGUCGGGUCGUGCGGUCUUCAAGUCGCUGUAUGAUGAUUACGUCAAGUUCGGAAAGUGGAACAAUGUUUAA